AUGUGGACUUGCAUUGGAAACGGAAAUUCACUCGAUAGGGACAUGAGGAUAAACGGAAGUUACUUGUGUCUCAACCUUUGGUUUUACACGGGGUGCGCCCCGGUAACUAAGGCUGAAGAAGUCGCCUCACAAAAGGACAAUCUUCGGUCAGUCUGCGGUUCUUUGGGGUGCGCUCCAACAUCGGUGGACAGCAGAGAUUUAUCAGAAGACAACGGCGCUCAUUCGCAUUGCGGGUUUUUGGGGUGCGCUCUGAAAACCACCUGUGAACAGACCGUUCCACCCACUACGGGUGCAGGGUUCUAUGGCGAGCCCGUAUAUCCGUCAGUGGAAGUGACGCAUAUGGGUGUUAUCCACUUCCAGACAGUUUCCACACAGUGCCUCAGGUUCAUGAAGUUGCUGGCCUGGAAAAAGCGUCUCGACGCCUGGCGCAGCGGCUUUUCAAUUUGUGUGUGCUAUACGACAUGA